CGCAGAUCAUUACCGGCUACAAAUUUGAAUCGUCAUUUUAUCUUAAAUUUUAACUAUUAAAAACUAUUUUCGAAAAUAGUUUUUUGUCUGCAGUAUAUCCAUGUUUCAGUUUUAACAUGAAUAUUGUGAGGAAUUCAAAGAGCAAAACAUCCUGUGUGUUUUAAAUAAUAUCAGAAAUACAGAAAAUUUAAAAUGAAGUUUUUAGUUUUUGUGCUUUUUAUUAAUUCUUGUGCCUCUUGGACGAUGAAGAAUGAUCUACAGAUAACGAAUGAUACCCGUAGAUCUAUCCUUCUCAGCCAAUUUGGUUUCUAUUCGGGAGGAUAUUUGGAAAUAACACUAAGCAACUUCACGGCUUACCCUCAAAGUGGUUCGACUCUGUUUGGUUUUAGCAUGGAAAGAAACUUUUGUGAACGUGACGCGGAACCUUAUUUGUAUGGAGACGGCGACGCUUGCAUUUUUAAAGAUAUUCAAGUACAGACGAAAGAAAUUGCCAUAUUUUUGUUAGAUUUAGAUAAACGCCAGGUUCAAAUGAAAUGCGAAGGUAUAUACAACUAUUUUAAUAUAUACACACAGAAACACGACAUUGGCUCUGGCCUCAUCAAGAAUUGUUUAGAUUUAAACAUUCCUUUAUUAUCGACUGAUCAUAAUGGAAAUAUACACUACAGCACAUCGUUUUUUAUGGAGAUUAAAAGCAAACAAGAAGAAGGAUUUUAUGCAUUUGUUUUUCAUCGCUGUCCUACCGAUGAUAUGAAAGUAGUAGAAGAAUCCCAAAUAAAUUUCAACAUCGCGUUCUUGGAGGAUAACCUAAGCAGAAUGAAUCUUCCUGAAGAAAACGAAACAUCGACUUCUACUAUAAAACCCGAAGAAUCACAUGUAGAAAUAAAUAUAAAUCCUUUACCGAAGCUUCCCUUAAAUAUUAAAAUUUUACCGAAAAUUAAAGCAGUGGAUCUGACAACAGCACAUAAAACGGAAACUACUACCUCCAUUAGGACUACUUUAACUCCAACAAUUCCAGUAGAGCCACCAAAUAUAUCGAUAUCCACAGUCACAAUAGAAGAAACAACUCUACUUACAAGUACAAGCACAGUGGUACCUACAAGUACCACCACAUUGGAGUCCACGUUACCUUCACGAAAAACUAUACAGGAAUCAAGUUCACCUAUCAGCACAACAAUAGAAAAACCUAAUUCACCUACCAGCACAACGAUAGGACAAGUUGGUUUAUCUGGCAGCACAACGAUAGAAGAACAAAGUUCACCUACAAGUACGACGAUAGAAGAACCCUCCUUUGCCACAAACGCAACUACAGAACGAUCAAGUGUAUCUACUGCUAUAACAACCGAACCAUCAGUUGACUUUAGUAUACCUUUUAACAACACUAUGGAUACAUCCAAAGUAGAAAAAUCGUCAGGUAUCCUGUACAUCAUAAUGUCUAUUCUAUUUUUCCUGGCGGCUGUAGUUAUGUUGGUUCUCUUGAUAAAGGCAGGUUUACCACAUAAGGUACAUUUUAUGAUGGUCACGGUGAUGUUUCUUAAGGCGGCAGUUCUAGUUCUACGUGCUGGCGGUUGGUAUUACGUUAAGAAGUAUCGGAGGAAGUCGCCUAUCCUGGAUAAAGCAUACUAUGGAGUCGAAAUUGCAAAAGGGGGCUUCCAAUCUAUUACUCAACUACUCUACGGCACCGGAUGGGAUUUCAGUAAACACACAUUAUCAGCAAGAGAAAAAAUUCUUUUAAUCAUUGCAGCUCCCGUUCAGAUAUUAGCGAUAGUAGGGCAAAUUCUUCUGCCUAAAAGUCAAGAAAAUCCAGUCAGUGUAUCUAAUUUAACAACACCAGAAAAUGUAAUGAAUAUAUCCCAGUUAUCAUUACUAGAUCAAAUGGGUUCUAAUUCAACAAUGAUUAAGGUUCAAGCAGCUGCAGAAGACAUAUUAACGAAUUUUCAAACUUCUACGAUGUAUACAACUUUUAGGAUCAUGACCAUUGUGUUGGAUUGGGCUGGCACAAUAUUUAUGUUGAUUCCGGUGAUUUUGACCCUCACACAGAUAUGGGCUAGACCACGAUCGAUUGGUAGAUGUGCAAUGUUGAACAGAUUCCGCGUUUUCUUCGUGCUUCUAUUGGUUUACCUAUACGGUACACGUGUACUUCUCUAUGAACUAGAAACAAGACUACCAAACAGAUGGUCAUUUGUGGACGAUCUAGUCCAAGAAGGGUCUACAUUCAUAUUCGUUGUAUUAACUGGAAUUAUUUUUGGUAGACCGCUUCCAGAAAACUCGCAAUUCUCGUUAAGCGUCGAUGAAAAUUACCAGAAUCUUGAAGAAAAUCAAGUUUACAGCCAGCUGCAGAGAUCUCUUGUUAGGCUACGAUUAGUGUUCGUCUUGGCGAUACCGAAUAGUUCCCUGUCUGAUUCUUCUAGUACUACCAAGAUUCUGACCGAUGAUUUGCGCUAUAUAGACAUGAGCUCGGAAGCGAGCGAAAAAUAAUAGGUCUCCAGGAUCUUGGUUGCCUAUUGCUUUGAAGUCACUACCGUCAUUGCUUUCUAAAGCCAUUCUACAACCCUUAUACGGCCAAAUUAGAGGAGAACGGCGUCCACUGCUUGAAAAAAAAAGUAGCGAAUUAGUCACGCUACUAGCGUUAUUAUAAUAUGCACAGCAUAAUAGUCUUUAUAUAUCAGCUAAAAUAUUAUAUAUUUUAAGUUGAAUUAAGACCUUGUAUAAGUUUUAAAUGCACCAGAAGUUUAUUAAACUACUAUAUAAGUG